AUGGCCGAGGCGGAAGCGAUGCAGCUGAAGGAGGAAGGGAACCAGCAUUUCCAGCUCCAGGACUACAAGGCCGCCACCAAGAGCUACAGCCAGGCCCUGAAGCUGACCAAGGAUAAGGCCCUGCUGGCCACGCUCUAUCGGAACCGGGCAGCCUGUGGCCUGAAAACGGAGAGCUAUGUUCAGGCGGCUUCCGAUGCCUCAAGAGCUAUUGACAUCAACUCCUCGGACAUCAAGGCUCUGUACCGGCGAUGCCAGGCAUUGGAGCACCUGGGCAAGCUGGACCAGGCCUUCAAGGAUGUGCAGCGUUGUGCCACCCUGGAGCCACAGAACCAGAGCUUCCAGGAAACACUGAGGAGACUCAACACCAGCAUCCAGGAGAAGCUCCGGGUGCAGUUCUCCACUGACUCGAGGGUUCAGACGAUGUUUGAGAUUCUCCUGGACAGGACCAGUGAAGCGGAUAAACUGGAGAAGGCCGCCAACAACCUCAUUGUCCUCAGCCGUGAGGAAGCGGGGGCCGAGAGGAUCUUCCAGAACAACGGCGUGGCCCUGCUGAUGCAGCUUUUGGACACGAAGAGGCCUGAGCUGAUGCUGGCUGCAGUGCGGACCCUGUCGGGCGUGUGCAGUAGCCACCGGGCUAGGGCCACAGCAAUCCUCCACGCAGUCCGGAUAGACCGAAUCUGCAGCCUCAUGGCCGUGGAGAACGAGGAGAUGUCCCUGGCCGUCUGCAACCUGCUCCAGGCCAUCAUCGACGCUCUGUCUGGGGAGGACAAACAGGAGCCUCGGGGGAAAGAAGAGGCCCUGGUUCUGGACUCCAAGAAGGACCUGAAGCAGAUCACCAACCACCUGCUUGACAUGCUGGUCAGUAAGAAGGUGUCCGGCCAGGGCAGGGAUCAGGCCCUGAACCUGCUCAACAAGAACGUCCCCAGGAAGGAUCUCGCCAUUCACGAUAACUCCCGCACCAUCUAUGUGGUUGAUAACGGCCUAAGGAAGAUCCUGAAGGUGGUGGGGCAGGUCCCAGAUCUGCCGUCCUGCCUGCCACUGACCGACAACACCCGCAUGCUGGCCUCGAUCCUCAUCAACAAGCUCUACGACGACCUGCGCUGUGACCCUGAGCGCGAUCACUUCCGCAAGAUCUGCGAGGAGUAUAUCACGGGCACGUUUGACCCCCAGGACAUGGACAAGAAUGUGAUUGCCAUCCAGACGGUGUCGGGGAUCCUGCAGGGCCCCUUUGACCUGGGCAAUCAGCUGCUGGGACUGAAAGGUGUGAUGGAGAUGAUGGUGGCGCUGUGCGGCUCGGAGCGUGAGACAGACCAGCUGGUGGCCGUGGAGGCCCUCAUCCACGCCUCCACCAAGCUCAGCCGUGCCACCUUCAUCAUCACCAACGGUGUGUCACUGCUCAAAGAGAUCUACAAGACCACCAAAAACGAGAAGAUCAAGAUCCGCGCGCUGGUGGGACUCUGUAAACUCGGCUCUGCGGGCGGCACAGAUUACGCUCUCAGGCAGUUUGCUGAAGGCUCGACAGAGAAGCUGGCCAAACAGUGUCGCAAGUGGCUGUGCAAUGCAUCCAUAGACACCCGGACCCGGAAAUGGGCGGUGGAGGGCCUGGCCUACCUCACGCUGGAUGCCGACGUGAAGGACGACUUUGUUCAGGACAUUCCUGCCCUGCAGGCCAUGUUCGAGCUGGCCAAGGCAAGUACUCCAGACAAGACCAUUCUGUACUCAGUGGCCACCACCCUGGUGAACUGCACCAACAGCUACGAUGUCAAGGAGGUCAUCCCCGAGCUGGUGCAGCUGGCCAAGUUCUCCAAGCAGCAUGUGCCCGAGGAGCACCCCAAGGACAAGAAAGACUUUGUGGACAUGCGAGUGAAGCGGCUUCUGAAGGCUGGCGUCACUUCGGCGCUGGUCUGCAUGGUGAAAGCAGAUAAUGCCAUUCUCACUGACCAGACAAAAGAGCUGCUGGCCAGGGUAUUCCUGGCACUGUGCGACAACCCAAAGGACCGAGGUACCAUUGUGGCUCAAGGUGGUGGUAAGGCCCUGAUUCCCCUGGCUUUGGAGGGCACAGACGUGGGCAAGGUGAAGGCAGCCCACGCCCUCGCGAAGAUCGCCGCGGUCUCCAACCCAGACAUCGCCUUCCCCGGGGAGCGGGUGUACGAGGUGGUGCGGCCCCUCGUGAGUCUCCUGAACACACAGCGGGAUGGCCUCCAGAACUAUGAGGCUCUCCUAGGCCUCACCAACCUGUCUGGGCGGAGUGACAAGCUCCGGAAGAAGAUCGUUAAGGAGAAGGCCUUGCCGGACAUUGAGAACUACAUGUUUGAGAACCAUGACCAGCUGCGGCAGGCGGCCACGGAGUGCAUGUGCAAUAUGGUGGUGAACACGGAGGUACAGGAGAGGUUCCUGGCCGAUGGCAACGACCGGCUGAAGCUGGUGGUGCUGCUUUGUGGCGAGGAUGACGACAAGGUGCAGAAUGCAGCUGCGGGGGCCCUGGCCAUGCUGACAGCAGCGCAUAAGAAACUGUGCUUCAAGAUGACUGAAGUGACAACUCAGUGGUUGGAGAUUCUACAGCGGCUUUGCUUGCAUGACCGGCUGUCAGUUCAACACCGGGGCCUGGUCAUUGCCUACAACUUGCUGGCGGCUGAUGCUGAGUUGGCCAAGAAGCUGGUGGAGAGUGAGCUGCUGGAGAUCCUGACAGUGGUGGGCAAGCAAGAGCCGGAUGAGAAGCGGGCAGCGGUGGUUCAGACAGCUCGGGAAUGUCUCAUCAAAUGCAUGGAUUAUGGCUUCAUUAAACCAGUGUCUUAG